AUGGAAGACGAAGACGUUGCAAUUUGUCUGCUACUCAGUCUUCCAAAGAGCUACGAAAAUGUGGUGCUCAACAUGGAAAUGAGCAGCACCGAGCUUUGCACUCAAGAUGUGGUGAAAGUCCUGACGAAAGAGCAUGCCAAGCGUCAAGGAGAAAAAGGGACAACGACAGCGACUACGGUGAAGGCUGAAGAUGCAAGCAAGGCAUUCAGCGCCGAGCGUGAGCCCUACCAAUGCACGUAUUGUGGCAAGGUGGGACACACGGUGGAUCGUUGCUGGACAAAGCAGAAGAACGAAGGUCGGGGAGCCCGACGCGGCGGCAAUGGUCGUGGACGCGGGGCUAACAAUGUCCAGUGGGGACAUCAUGAUGAAGGCAAUGGAUACGAUCGAGUGGCGUUUGCAGUAUCGUUCGAAUGUGGAGUUUCGACGAGCAAGGACGUGUCUGGAAUGUGGGCCGUCGACAGUGGUGCAACGCACCACAUUUGCCACGACAAGACCAAGUUCGCAAGUUUGGCAGAGCGCAAUGAGGGCGAACUCUUGGUGGCUGAUGGCAACAAGGUGGCCAUCAAGGGUGUGGGAACCAUCAUGGAAAAGGUGGUUCUGCCCAACGGUGAAGAGCGUGAGAUCGAAAUCAAGAACGCGCUAUAUGUUCCAAGUAUGAGCAAGAACCUGCUCUCGGUGCCACAGAUUAACAGCCAUGGCAAGUUUCAAGUCGUGUUUGACGGGUCCAAGAUGUAUGUGACUCUCAAGAACUCACAGCAAGUGGUGGCGACAGCGGAUCUCGUGGAUGGACUCUACUGGCUUCGGACGACUCAACGAUCAGCGAAUGUGACAACAAGUGGAACCAGUUGUGCCGAUCUACAUGCGAGAAUGGGUCAUGCUCCAGUCGAUGUACUUCGCAAGAUGAUCGCGACCAACAUGAUCAAGGAUGUGCGAGUCCCUCUCAAGUCGGGUGGAGCAACUACAUGUCGAGGAUGUCAACAAGGGAAAAUGGUCCAAAAACCAUUUCCAAGCAACCGAGACAAGCGCAGCUACGAUACGUUUGAGCUACUUCAUCUGGACAUCUGCGGGCCCAUGGAAAAGGAUUCGCUCGGUGGCAGCAAAUAUUUGCUGCUGAUCAUCGACGAAGCCAGUGGAUGCAUGAAGGGCUUUUGUCUACGAGUGAAGUCCGAGAGUGAAGACUACAUCCGGAAAUAUAUCACCAUGGUACAGACGCAAUUCUGUAAGAAGGUCAAGUUCGUGCGACACGACGGAGCUCGCGAGUUUGCAACCAACUCGCUUCAACUGUUCUACGAAGACGAAGGCAUUGAACAGCAGACAACGGUGCCGUAUGCACAUCAAACAAACGGAACAGCAGAGCGUGUCAUUAGGACUAUUGUCACGAUCGGCCGCAGCAUGCUUCAUCAUGCCAAACUGGACAAGUGUUUCUGGGCCGAAGCAGCGAUGACGGCCAUCUACGUCAAGAAUCGACUGCCGUCACCUAAAGUCGUGCACAAGACCCCGUUUGAGAUCGUCUACAACUUGAAACCAAGCGUCAAGCACAUGCGAACAUUCGGGUGUCAGACAUACAUACUGACGCCUAAAGAGAAUCGACUCAAGUGGGAUCCAAAGGCUCGCGCUGGCAUAUUCGUGGGCUACGAAGAAGUUUCGAAGGCAUAUCGUGUUUAUGACAUCGAGGCGGGGCAGGUGGUUAUCAGCCGCGAUGUCAACUUCGACGAGUCCACCUUUGGACUUCAACUGCCGAUCACUGAUGAAGAUGUCGAUGACCUGGACUUCGAAUUGCUGGAUCUUGAUGACGAAGAGCUGCGUCAAAUGGAGUACAAGCAAACAGGCAAGCGCAAGAACCGACUCAAUGAUGAAGAUACAGCAGCUCCACUACCGCGUGCAGUGCGUCAACGACCAGGACUAGAAGAGUCAAGCGCGCCGGAAAACAACUCGUCACGACAAGAAGAAGACGAAGAAACGAAGGAUUCUGGUGAUUCAACACCGCCUGUGUUUUGGCGUGCGAGUGCAAAUGCCGUUGAAGCAGCAGUGGACUUAUCAGAACCCUCAACAUUUGAAGCAGCAGUAAGCGGCCCUGACCAAGUGCACUGGAGAAAAGCAAUUCAUGCAGAGCUCGAGUCAAUGCGACUUCGCGGUGUGUUUCGUGCAGCCAAGCUGCCCAACGGACAACGCGCCAUUGGCACAAACUGGGUGUUCAAGAUCAAGCGCAAGGCGAAUGGAUCGAUCGAGAAGUACAAGGCACGACUUGUGGCCAAGGGUUUCCGCCAAAAGUAUGGCAUCGACUACACGGAGACGUUUUCGCCUGUGGUCAAGUAUGUGACGCUGCGAAUGGUGAUCGCAAUUUCCAAGCAUUUUGGAUGGCCCAUCGACCAGCUUGAUGUGGUGACAGCUUUCCUGUAUGGCGUCAUGAAGGAACAAGUGUUCUGCGUGAUUCCUGAAGGCGUCGAACUUGACAGUACGUUCGACUGCCUGGAAUUGGUGAAGUCAAUUUACGGCCUCAAGCAAGCGUCGCGAGUGUGGAACGAGACGUUCGACGAGUAUGUGUGCUCCAUCGGAUUUCAAGUAUCGGACUUCGACCCAUGUCUCUACAUCAAGACUUCGGACGGCCAUUGCGUGUUUAUACUGGUCUACGUGGACGACGUCUUGGUGACUGGAAGCUCGCUCGAGCUGAUUGCACAAACCAAGAACGACCUGAAGACGCGGUUCGAAAUGACGGACAGCGGCAAGUGUGCGUUUGUGUUGAAAAGACAGCGGCUGUGA